CGGAUCGAUCAAAAUAAAAGGGAUCGAAGAGCAAUCAAGCACCAUGGAGAUUAAGGUGGAAAAUGGAGAAUCUCGGAAUCCCAAUGACCCAAAACUCCCCCUCCUGCUGCAAGACGUAGCCAUACCCGAAACACAACGGAAAACCCUCAUACAGAGAGCCAUGAGCCAGACAUUUAAGAGCUCGGCUAAUUUAGCCAAUCUUUUACCUACUGGAACGGUUCUUGCUUUCCAACUUUUGUCGCCUAUUUUCACAAACGAAGGCGAGUGCACCUCAGUCAGCCGAACCUUGACUGCUGGGCUGAUAGGUCUCUGUGGGCUGUCAUGUUUUUUAGUGUCCUUCACGGAUAGCUUCAAGGACAAGAAAGGGAAUGUUUGUUAUGGGUUUGCCACAUUCAGAGGCUUGUGGUUCAUUGAUUGCUCAGCAACUCUACCACCAGAAAUUAAUGCAAAGUACCGGCUGCGAGUUAUGGAUUUUAUGCAUGCCUUCAUGUCGAUGCUGGUGUUUGGAGCUGUUGCACUCUUUGAGGAAGAUGUGGUGGACUGCUUCUACCCUAAGCCAACAGAUGAGACCAAAGAGCUCCUCACAUCAUUGCCAGUCGGAAUAGGGGUCAUUUGCAGUAUGUUGUUCGUUUUGUUCCCUUCCAAACGCCACGGAAUUGGUUUCCCCCUUACUGCUAAUUAGAAUUUUUUGUGUGUUCACUUCAUCUUGUCAUUAUAAAGACUUCGUUUUCUCAAA